ACGUCAAAGCGCGUAGUGAACAUUUGGAAACUGAGUCCGAAACACACCCGAAUUUCUUUUAGGAUUAAAACUCUAGUUGCUGGUUCAAUGACAGUAAAUCACACUAUUUUAUAUGACUUAACAAGUGCGAAUAAAUGUAUUUAAUUGUUCCUGUAAGAGAGGUAACACAACUCAAGGUGUCGCUCUAACGUACCCAACCUCACAGCGGACUCCCGGUGACACUGCGGGGAGGAAAAAUGUGUCGUCGGCUAUUUUGAGGAAGCACUUUGGAAGAGGAGGAAGGUGAACCCUGCCGAUGUAUGAGCCAGAACACCAGCAAAUCAAAUGCUCCACUAGUGAUCUCGACCGACCGCGACGAAAAACUGUUGCGAAACCACAAGAACUUUUUGGGGACAACGGAAUUUGGUCUGCAGUUUCAGAAUCUGUAUGAUUUGUGAUAUACGGCUAUAUACGUGUGUUUCUUGGUGCGACUGUGUCCGUCUUCAUGUGCCCUGCGAUUGGCUGGCAACAGAUCCAGGGCGUACCCUCCCUCCUGCCCGAUGACAGGCGGGAUUGACUCCAGCACUCCCGUAACCCUUUACUCGAGCAGUUCAUCAAACCACAGUGGAUCCUGAUGAGCUGAAAUAUUUCCAAUCACUGGCCAUCAAGUGGUGGGAUGAAAAUGGCGAGUUCAGGGCCCUCCAUGCCAUGAAUGACCUGAGAGUGCCUUUCAUAAGAGAUAAUCUUCUGAAUGUGCACAAAGCACAUCAUCCUGGGAAACCACUUGCCGGAGUGAGAGUACUGGAUGUUGGCUGUGGAGGCGGACUGCUCACUGAGCCCCUCGGUCGCAUCGGAGCCAAGGUGCUAGGUAUAGACCCAGUGGAAGAAAGCAUUGGCACGGCACAGCGGCAUUUGUCAUGUGACCCCGAUCUUAGCGAGCGGGUCAGCUACCGCGCAUGCACUCUGGAGGAGCUAUCGGCAGAUAUGGCGGAAAGAGAAGCGGGCCAGGGUGAUGUGCUGUUCGAUGCCAUCAUAGCGUCUGAGGUGGUAGAACAUCUGGCUGACUUGGAGACAUUUGCCUUGUGCUGCGACCACGUACUGAAGCCCGGCGGCUCACUCUUCAUCACCACCAUUAAUAAAACCAACCUGUCAUAUGCAUUGGCUAUUGUGGUGGCUGAGCAGCUGCUACGCAUCGUUCCCAGGGGGACGCACGACUGGGAAAAGUUCAUCAGCCCAAUAGAACUGGAGCGCCGUCUGGAAUCCAAUGGUUUCUCAGUGAAGUCGGUCCAAGGUCUGAUGUACAACCCAGCGUCAGGAGCCUGGACCUGGAUCAACAGCGACGCCAUCAAUUAUGCCCUGCAUGCUGUCAAACUGGCUGAGGAGCCCCAGUCUGACCCCCAAAUGGGAAAACCAGACCACUCGGCAGCGUCACAUACCUGAGCCACAGAACAUGAUGUACAGUACAGUUCAGACAUUGGUCGAGAAACUUGAGCCAAUUGCUGAUUUGCACAUUUGAACGUAAGCAGCAGACUUUUAUUGAAAUGAAUCUGUCAGGAGCAGCGCUCCAGCUCCACAUUGUAUCUAUAUGAAUGCUCAUGGCUCAUAUUAAAUAAUUGCAGUUUGACUCACCGAAUUAGAGCGACACGAAUAAAGCAUCGUAUUUUAUUUGUGCCCCAAAUGCUAACAAUAACCAAUUCUGUGUGAGUUUGGCACCACAAGGCUAUUUUUAGCCUGAAAGGAGCAAGUGGGGGCAGUCACAUGCUCUGAGAGUAGAAAGCUCUUCACGUGUUUGUAUUACGCAACUGGAAUAAAGGCAAUGGCAUAGA